AUGGGUCGGCUCGACGGGAGUGAUACCACGGCCUCACAGAAAAUCAGCGUGUGUUUCGCCGCAAUGGAGGUGGGAGUCCAAGUGGUGGGCAUAGUUCUCCGUCUGCUGAACUUCUUUCUGGCGCCAUUGUUUUGGUUCCGCGCAAGAGACAGCCGUCGUCUGCCGCCCGUCACCAACCCUGUGCUGCUCAAAAGUGCGGCCGAGUUAGCAGAUUCUGUGAGGAAGGGUGAAAUAUCAAGCGAAGAACUAGUGACAGUGUUCAUAAAUCGCGUGAAAGAAGUCAAUCCGUACCUCAACGCCGUUGUAGAGGAACGGUACAGGGCUGCGAUAGAAGAUGCUAAGGCCAUAGACCGGUGGAUUGUGGAGACUAAGAAAAGUGGCUCCUUCGAAGAGCUAGUCAAAGAAAAACCACUCUUGGGCGUGCCUUUUACUGUGAAGGAGAGUUGCUCGCUCGCUGGGCUAUCAAACUCGGUAGGAUGUCUAGAAAACGCAGGUCGUCGAGCCACCGCAGACGGAGGAGUGGUCAGCCUCGUGAAAAAGGCUGGGGCCAUUCCCUUACUGGUGUCCAAUACUCCUGAGCUCUGCCUCGGCUGGGAGACCACUAACCUGCUAAGGGGAACUACAAACAAUCCUUAUUGCUUGAACAGGACUCCUGGUGGAUCUUCGGGUGGUGAGGCGGCGUUGCUCGCCAGCGCUGCGUCAGCGCUGAGCGUGGCGUCCGACAUCGCGGGCUCUAUCCGCCUGCCCGCCGCUUUCUGCGGGGUCUUCGGACACAAACCCACUCCUGGUGUAAUCUCAAUCGAAGGCCACAUCCCGACACUAAGCGACGAGCAGUUCCCCAAGUUCCUGACAGUUGGGCCUAUGACGCGACGGGCGGACGACCUGCCUCUACUCAUGCAGGUCAUGGCGGGGCCAGAUAACACGCUCAACCUCGACAAACCUGUUGAUUUGAGGGAGGUUAAGGUCCACUACAUGUUGGAAGCGACGGACGCGAUGGCGUUGUUGCGAGUGGACCGGUGCAUCCUCGACGCUAUCCGCAACGCCGUCAGGUAUCUGGAGAAAGAGUGCGGCAGUACUGUGUGUCAGGAAAAAUUCAAAGACUUGGAAGACUCAGUUGAAAUAUCGGUGUCCGUAUUUUUUGGAAUGAAGGACAUUCCGAAUCUGAUGCAAGAUCCCGCCAAUCCGAAACGUGAUAAAAGCUUGGUCGUCGAGCUAAUAAAAUAUAUGUUUGGCGGUGGUUCGCGGUCAUUACAAGGACUGAGCUUUUCCCUUAUCAACAGAAGUCAUUUGUUCAUACCUGAAGCACGGAGUGGUUAUUAUCAUGCAAGGGCAAAUAAACUUCGUGAACACAUGGAGAAAACUCUAGGUGACAAUGGCGUAUUAAUCUACCCAGUUUUCAUCGGUCAGGCUCAUCAUCAUAACCAGGUGUUCCUGAAGGCUUCAGGUGUUAUGUACACCAUGGUCUUCAACAUCCUAGGCAUGCCUGCCACCACCGUGCCCAUGGGAUUAUAUAAAGGAUUGCCCGUUGGCAUACAGGUGAUUGCAGCUCCACAUCAAGACAGACUAUGUUUAGCGGUUGCCAAACAACUGGAAAUUGGCUUCGGUGGGUGGAAACCGCCCCAAUAAUUAUACCUAAUGUUUAAGCAAAAUAAGGAAAUUUACCAAAAUCGUUCAUAAGUUCAACAAACCACAUGUAUGGCGUGGUUUAUCUUUUUUACCACAAAAAAAAACUAGAAUUGUACCUAAUAGAACAUUUCUUAUUACUUUAUUCUAUUUUGUACGUAAAUGUAUGUGAUAGUAAUCUCUAUUUAAAUUGAUUAUAU